UAUUUAUUGAAAUAAAUAGUAGAAAAUAGUUAAACAUGUGUAUUUUGUCGAGGAGUAUGAAAAAUCCUAAACAUUGUGCGGAUUUAACAUUAUAUAGGGAAACAUCAGAUAUGACGGUGAAAACUGAUUCAGCGUCGACGAAAAUAAAAGGCAGACGGCCAGGUCGACCCUCUUCAAAUAUCAGCCCCAGACAGAGACAGGAGCGCAGCAGACAAAGUGCACGAGAAUGUAGAAGUAGAAAAAACGUUAGAUAUCAAUAUUUAGAACAACUAGUUAACAUCAAGGAGAAAUCAGUCUAUAAACUAAGAAAAGAACUUGAAUUGCAUCGAAGGUGGUGCGAAGAAAUAGAUAACGGAGUUAUCUCAGAAGAUUUGGUGAAAGGAUUGAGCAUAGAUAAUACAAAAUCACAACAACUGUCAACAGCUGAAAAAUCUAACUUACCACUACCUAGACAACGGUCAUUUAGUCUACCAACCACAUCAAAUAAUCAAAGAAGUAAUUUGGGUUUAUCGUCCGUAAAAGUUAUCCCAAAAUCUACCUCAACCAAAGAUUCGAAAUUAUACAAACUUUUAACAGGACGAAUGUCAUGCACACAAUCGUAUUCUCCACAGGAUACUGCUAAUGAGUUUCAUUUUAAUAAGACUAACUCACUUUCCUCAGGGGAAUCAUCAAAAGUGCGUCAUCCAUAUGAGACUGAGUCACAUUCCAAAGUGGGCACACCAAUUAUGCACCAUUUAUAUACGACUCAGCCAAAAACAGCAACGGAGUCAUAUAAUAAGUUUCAUCACUAUAGUGAUUUACCUUUCGUAGAGAAUACAUCAAAUGUUUAUCCUCAACAACAGAAGAAUGGUUUGAUAUUUGAAAAAGUAUCCCAAACAACUACACCAACUGAAAACCAACAUACAUCUAUCUUUAGUUCUUUUACAAAAUUUGAUGCAAAGUCUCAAGAAGAAGUGGCUAACAUUGAUAACUAUAAAUAUGACUCAAGCUCUGACUUUGAAAAUCUACCAAAAGGUCAUACCACCAAUAUUGCAAGUCUUAAUAUGAAUCAAUCAUCUGAUGAGUGCAAUAUUCCUCAAUCCCACUCUGAUUUAGAUUUAUUUAGUGAAAAGUCCAAUGCCGAUGACACGCCUUCUGAAAUGGAAUUUGUGGAUUGGAUAUUAAAGAACCAAUCAAAAUUAUCAAGUGACAGUGCCUUAAUUGAAUCUGCCCGUCAAUUGGAAGAUACAGCAAUGGUAGAUAUAUUUUCUGAAGAUCAGCCAGACAUUGCAAAUAUGUUACCUGCUCAAUUCGAUCUGCUAUAUUCUGAGGAAAACAAUAUUGAUACCUCAAACAAAUCAAGUGCGCCUCUUGCUCAACCUUUUCAUGGAAAUAUAAAAAUAUUUGACUUGGAAGUUCCUACCACUUCAGAAUCAUUGUCAGAUAAUGUAUUACCUUCACAAACUUUACAUUAUAUGAGUACUUUACCGAACAUGAUAAACCUUCCGACAUAUUCGUCUAUCCCAUUUCAUCGUUCGAUAAGUGCAGAUUAUAGUCCAACAUCAAGCAAUAGUAUGGAUACCAUAGUAUCGCAGUCACACCCUUUAGCUGUAGCAUCAAAUCACAUAGAUCUGUCAUCAACUAUUUCCCAAUCAAGAGUCACAAGUAUUUUACAAGACGUUAACAUUCAAUAUAAUCAGUCCAGUACACGUGAAGACUUUAAGGAAUUCAGAAAUCAAAAUGUAAGUCUAAAUAAUCAAAACUCAGUAGUGAGUGCGUCGGCCAGUACGAGCUACGCCAUUCUUUCCACUUCUGACGAUUCUAGUUGUGCCAUGGAAAACAAUGAGGAAGAAAUAAUAAGGAGCUUACAUCCUCAUUCUGUGAGUGAAGAAAUUAGACCCGAUUCUGGGGCAACUCUAAAACGUUCUCACAGCGCUGGAGACACACCACAUCCUAAUGUUCAAAAUAAAUUCCCAUUUUUGUCUUUCCUGUUGAAACAAGAUGAUGAAAUAUGAGUAAAAAAAAAUAAUCAAAAGCUAGGAUUAUUGACUGAAUCUUAAUGAGAAAUUCUUUAGUUAAUUUUUCAAGGGGUUUUCGCUAUGUGUGAUAACAUUCGUUUUUACAUUUUCUUGUUUGUAGAAUUCCACAUUACUAUAUACUUUUGAC